AUGCCCAAGAUAUGGCCAAAAAACAAACCCCCCUUGAAAAGGGCAAAAAAGAGAGUUUGGUGGCUGGGCAGUGCUUCGGUGGCUAGUGGGCGGCGCUUCGGUGGUGGCCUGGUGGUUCUCCGGUGGUGGGUGGAGCUUCGGUGGUUUUUAGCGGCGAUGCUGGGCUGCAAGGAGGCCGGCGGUGGCGGUGGGCUGAGCGGCGGGGGCCACAGGGAGGCCGGUGGCGACAGCAGGGGCGGCGGCGGGAGCAGGAGCGGCAGGUGCAGGGAGGCCAACAGUGGGAGUAGGGCCAACAGGGAAGAGCGGAGAGGCGCUGCGGGGAGGAAGGGUUGCUGGGAAGCGGCGACGCAGGGGACCGGAGGUGGUAGGGGGUUGGAGACCACAGGGUCGUCGAGGGUUGGAGGUAACUGCCGGUGGGGGCCGGAAAGAAGCUGGCGAUGGUGA